UGCUUUGCGGAUUUGUCAAAUAGCUUUACCAUCAAAUACUGAUUAACACUGGCUACGAACCGACCAGCCGCGGCAAAACAGGAAAAUGUUCUCCUCUCACCUGGGCAUGGGCGCACUGCUGCUGUGCAUCCAAGGGGCGACAGCAAAAAGCCCAUUCCGAGUCGUUGACAUUCCUGGCAUCAACACCAACAACAUAACUGUCUGGGACUGCCCUUCGACCACCAGUCCACACGCUAGCCAAUUCCUGCUUCAAAAAGCUAUGGACGAUUUCGCGUACACAUUCUACACGGAAAAGAACGUGAAACGUGCCUUUGAUCGCUACGUGGCAAGCAACUAUGUGCAGCACAACCCGAAUAUGCCUGAUGGGAGGGAUGAAGCCAUCCAGAUCCUCUCCCCUUUGUUCCAAACAGAGGGAAGCACUUUUGAGAUUGCCAGAGUCAUGGUGGGUCCAGAGUACACGACCAUUCACAUCAAGUUUGGGCAAGCUGAUGGAUCCUCAAUGAAUGUAAUGGAUGUUUAUAAGACAGAGGGAACUUGUAUUGUUGAGCACUGGGACUGUCUACAGGCAAUGGAGAACAAGACUGUAUCCUCUCAUCCCUAUUUCUAUACAUUUCUGUUCAUACAAAGAUACACUAGGAAACAUGCACUAUGUAUCAAUAGUUUAUCAUGAAUCGCCUACGUUUUCUACUAUCGCUAAAGGAUCAGUGGGUGUUGACCGACAGGGUGUUAAUACAUUCGAAACAGUCAGAG